CAAAAUGCACGCUCUAUCAUUUCCCAUUUGUUGUAUCAUAAACAAGAAGUUAGAGUUGCAGCACUGACCUCAACGCCACCGGAGUUCCUCGUCGGCCGCCAAUAACGGUGAGAAAGUCUGUCCAGCUUUUUCUUAUUUUUUCGAAUUUUCCUUCCCAUUUGCUGUUCGCGUGGCUAGAAGUGAUUCCACCGCGAUUUCCGGCCGCCAUUCACAGUAUAGGAAGAAAGUCAUGGCAAUGAACCAUGUAAGAUCUGUUAGAAGCAUUCUCAGCAGCACCAAUGAGGCAAUUGGGGUUGCAUAUCAGCGAACUUUUGCAACUGGGAAAGCAAAGAAAGGGAAAGGAGGUGCAUCUGCUGAUGGACCAAAAGAAUCCUCUCUCAGCAAAGAAGUCAAGGCAAGUACCGUUGUAGGUGGCAACAUUCUCAAGGAAGGAACCGAUCCCAAAAUCCUGCCUGACUCUGAAUACCCUGAUUGGUUGUGGCAUCUGCUUGAUAAACGUCCUGCACUAAGUGAGUUGCGUAGGAAGGAGAUCGAUACACUCCCUUAUGAAGAUCUUAAACGCUAUGUUAAGCUUGAUAAUCGAGCUAGGAUCAAGGAGAAUAACUCUCUCAAGGCUAAGAACUGAUUCAAUUUCAAAAAGAGAACUGUGGGUGGGGAUGGUUUAACGAUCAAACAGUUCUGAGGUAUUUCUUUUUCAAGUUUUUGUGGUUCUCAGUCUUGUGAGAUUCCUUUGAGUAAUAGAUUUACAUUUGUGCAAAUCGUUAAAUUGAACCAAAACCAAAUAUUUGCUUCAUCUAGCAUUUGUGUUUUCCCUAAAAUGUUUAGUAGAUUAAAGCCGAUUGGUUAUCUUUGUUUAAUAUAUGAGUAGACUUGUAUUUUACUAAACAAAGGAGAUUUGAUUAGACUUGAAUUUACCUGGAAUGUUUAGUACUAUGUUAGUUAAAGAGGAUUCUCAUAUAUAAACAAAGGAAGGAAUUUCCUUCCCCUCAAACAAAAUGUUGGUCGACUACCAAAUGGUAGUUGUACAAAUCAAUUUGCUUCCAUUCAAGAA